AUGGCGCACAUCUCGAAAAUGCUCAUCCUGUCCUACUUCAUCGACUGGGUGUUUAUCAUUGGUGUCGCCCUGAUCGGCUAUGGGUUCUACAAGCAAGACCCGAACCAGCAUGCAUUCUACCUCUCAGACCCGAGCAUUUCCUACCCCUACAAAGAGAACGAAACUGUCUCAACCGCUGCCUUGAUAUUAGCCUCCGUCCUGGCGCCCGCCGUCAUUGUCUUCGUGGGGGCGAUCUUCGUUCCCGGCACUGCUGCGGUCGGAGGGCCAAAGCCGGCAAUGUCGCAACUGCUUCUUCGCAAGUUCUGGGAGUGGAAUGCCGGCUGGUUGGGAUUGGGACUGGCACUGGCCAGUACCUGGACGGCCACGCAGGGGUUGAAGACUCUGCUGGGCAGGCCACGACCCGAUCUCCUCGGCCGCUGCAAUCCGGACACGUCCAACAUCGCGCAGUAUAUUGUGAGCGGAUUGGGUGGACAAAUCUCAGGCGCUCCAAGUAUGGUAGACUGGAGGAUCUGCCGCAAUCAGGAUCGUACAUUACGUAUCGAUGGAUUCUCCAGCUUUCCCAGUGGUCAUGCGUCCUUCUCCUUUGCUGGACUGGGCUACCUGACCCUCUGGCUCGCGGCAAAGGGCUCGGUCGUUUUCCCGUAUCUUCCCCAGUUCCCCGUCGAAGGUGACGACUACAGCGAUGAUCGAUCCUCGGUCCGUAAUCGUGGUGCCGCGCCGCCCGUACUGUCGAUGAUUCUCGUCUUCGUGCCCACUUGCGUGGCUUUUUUCAUUGCGUCUUCUCGAUGGUUUGACUAUCGACACCACGGCUGGGAUAUCAUCGCCGGUGCCCUCAUUGGCAUUUUCUUUGCGUGGAUCGGCAUUCGAAUGUAUCAUUUGCCUCUUCAACGUGGUGCUGGAUGGACAUGGGGCCCGCGCAGUGCUCGGCGUGCCUUUUUUAGAGGCAUGGGUUUCCCAAGCUCCGUGGGUGCAGACAGCUGGUCUCGUCCAGAUGACCGUCGUCCGGCUGUGCAUUCGAACGGCAUCAGCUCAGUCGAGCCCGGGCACGACGUGGAAAACAUCCCAAUGCAAGAGGGUCGAACCUUACCUGGCGACAGGGUCUGA